AUGAAGCUGGCUGUAUGGCGAGCGGCGGCCGACCAAGACGCCGGUCAAGUGCAGAACGAGAGCGGCACUGGUGCAGAGGCUCUCGGAUCGGGUGGCUUCGGCAAUCCAGACACCGCCCAAGGGCUCGCGACGGCCCUCGACAAUGUGAAGGCGGCGGAUGGUGACAAGGGCGUUGCCGUUGACGCGCUGCGCAAGAUGGUGAGAGAAAGAAAAGCAAACGGAUGCAGCGACGACAACAAAGGCGCCUGGAGUGCGUCGGGUGGUGGUGUGGCAGAGGAGGCUCUUUUUGCUUGGCAGCUGGCUAGAGGUAGGGAACUUACUGUAAGGGAAAGCUCGGGUAACUGA